UCUCUCUCUCUCUCUCUUUCCUCUUAUUCAUCAGUUUGAAGCUCUCGUCAGAUUAACUGUUUCCUAAUGACUGUUUUCUAUAGUCUCUCUGUAUUAACUUCCCACAAUGUUGUCUAGACUCUUAUUUCAUUGACUUUCCUUUUCCCAGAUGCGUCUAAAUUCGUAUUGUGUAAAAUGAAAGGGAGGGAUCUGUGUUUGGUCGUGUUAAGGAUGGAAUGUGUAAGGAUGAAAUGAAUGUAAGGAGAGUGGCGGAGUGUCAGUGAGGGAAUGAAGAGAUACGUUCAUUGAUUGGUUUGUAGGAUUCCUUUAUCUCUGUGUCCGGUUCACAAGUCAUGGUGGCUUAUCUUUGCUGUAACGUGUGUGUGUGUGUGUGUGUGUGUGCUUGUUAGUGCAUGAGGAAUGCUUCUUACCACCUCAACGCACUUGAAGACAACACACACACACACACACACAGGGACAAGGGCGAGGGCCUGGUGGCCCACAGCCCUGGGCGGUGACAGCCAAUCCCCCUAAGGGCGGGGCGGGCGGGGUGGGGCUGGGGGUCCCGGCAACACGCCCUGAGGCUGGCGCCCACACGCCCCUGGGUGCCAGGCAGUGAGCAGCGCCCUGUCCGCCGCCUGUCGCCGCAGCGCCCUGGCCGCGGCCUGGAAUGUUGUACAGCGAGGCGGAGCACAUGGCGCGAAGACUUGUGCAAACGUUCACUCAGGGGCGGUGUGUGGCGGCGGCCCCGGGCCACGCAGCGCCCCGCCAGCCAGGCCUGGCCACCUGCCUGGCAGCUGGUGCCGCUGGCCAGGCAGCACAGGUGUGGGCGCCAGCACGCCAGCACGCCAGCACGCUCCGCCCCCACACACCACUCUGGAAAGUGUUGACGAAAGCCAGAGAAACAGUAAAAACUGGCCUGAGUCUCGGCCGCUAUAGACGCUGGGAGUUAUCGAUCCCUCGGCGGCGAGCGGCGGCAGGUGGCGCGGCGGGCGGCCGCUGAUCCAGCUGGAAGGGAUCGAGGCGGCCGCCAGCUGCCACCAGGGAGGGUUGGGAGGCCGCUGAGAGCAUUCUGCGCCGCCGCCGUGAUGUCCCGCGGGCCGGCGCCAGGCGGACACUGUGGCCAGGCGCUGAUCGCGGCAGGUGUUCCGCUCCUGUAAAUACCUGGCUCAGUGGCUGAGUGGUGAGGCGGAGUGGCGGCGCGGACGUGAGGUGCUGCGGUGCUGCGUGACUGUCCGUGCGCCGCGGGGCCACACAGGACUAUGAGUGUGCUAACGGCUGACCUGGCCAACAAGAAACCCGUCAUGAGGACUGCCAAGUCCAGGAAGGACGUGCCCACCUACGACACGCCCCUGACGGAGGAGGAGGCGCUCACCAAACCCGUCAUCUCCCCGGAGGAUGUGCUCAGACUCACCAAGAUCACAGAGAAUUACCUGUGUUCACCUGAGGCCAACGUGUUUGAUAUAGACUUCACCAGGUUCAAGAUCAGAGACAUGGACACAGGCACGGUGCUGUUUGAGAUCGCCAAGCCGCCCCCGCAAGAGCUGGAAGAGGAGGAUACCAGCGUGGACCAGGAGGAAUCAGACCCCAAUGCAGGGCGGUUUGUGCGCUACCAGUUUACCCCUCAGUUCCUCAAGCUCAAGACGGUGGGGGCUACCGUGGAGUUCACAGUCGGCGGUCGCUCAGUCAACAAGUUCCGAAUGAUUGAGCGCCACUUCUUCAGAGACAAGUUACUGAAGACCUUUGAUUUCGAGUUCGGCUUCUGCAUUCCUAACUCCAAGAACACGUGUGAACAUAUCUACGAAUUCCCCACGAUACACCACGAGCUGGCGGAGGAGAUGAUCAAGAGUCCCUUUGAGACAAGAAGUGACAGCUUUUACUUCGUAGAUGACAAGUUGAUAAUGCAUAACAAGGCGGACUACGCUUACAAUGGGGGUUUACAGUAGCAGUGGCCCCUUCUCUCCUCCUCCUCCUCCUCCUCCUCCUCCUCCUCCUCUUUCUUCUUCUUUUUUCUCUUUCUCCUUCUUCACCUUCUUCAGUAUCUUUUUGUUUGUUUUCUUCGUUUCGCUUCUUCUAAAUCUUCUUCUUUGUGUCUUUUGAGUUUGUUUUCUUCCUCUUCUUCUUUUUCUUCUUCCUCCUUCUCCUCCUCCUCCUUCUUCUUCUUCUUCUUUUUUCAGUAUCUAUCCUGUUUGUUUACUUCUCUCCUCUUAAUUCUUCCUCUUCUUUCUUUUUUUUUUUCUCGCCCUCCUUCUCUCUUUUCUUUCUUCCUCCUUCUUCCCUUCUUCCUCCCCCUUCUCCAGUUUCCAUAUCCAGUUCAUUAUCUCUCCCUAUUCCUCCUCUCCUCCUCCUCCUCCUCCCAUAUCAUAGUUGUCAAAUCUAGUCUGCAAAUCCUCCCUACGUAGAUUAAACCCCCUUUCAGCCCCCUUCAGCCCCCUUCCCCUUAGCCCCUUUGCAAGCCUAACAAGAGGAGGACAACACAGCCCCACCCAGCCCCGCCCACUCCAGCUACAGCCCCGCCCCGCACAGACAAGCCCCGGCCAGCCCCCUCCCCUCCAGCCCCGCCAAGAUCAGCCCCCUCCAGCCCCGCCUUUUGUGAUAAACGAGGGAGAGCAAUAAAUAACGAAAAAUAUGCAAGAUUGAAGAAUAAAAUUAAUGUAAGAAAUGAAAGGUGGAAGAAAACGGGAAGUGACAGUGAUAGAAAACGGAAAGUGGUGAUGGUGUGAAAGAAAAUGGGAUGAUGGUGAU